AUGGGCAGCAAGAUGGCCGCCACCACCCGGAUCAUGCAGGUAGUCAAACCACAUAUUCCACUAAUAAGGUUCCCUGACAGAAAAGACAACCCCAAACUGAGUGUACUAGAAUAUUUUAAGUCAUCAGUGUUUCCAUCUCACUCUUCUGCAAUGUCACAGCAUUCUGUGGGUAGUAAAUCAACAGGUUUUCCAAUGAAUCGUGGUCCACCAGACACUGCUGACAUAGUAAAAACAUUACCUCAGAAAUAUAGGAGGAAACACUUGUCUCCAGAAGAGAUUGAAUUUAUUCAGCGUGGAGGUCCAGAGUAAUCACUGAUGAGUCUAUUAUUUAUGAUUGUCAGACUUUGAGUGGUUGUCUUCACAAUAAAGGCCUUC